GGUUCAUAUAAGUGAAUGCCCAGCCUUAAAUCAUGUCUAACGUGCGAGCGGAUAUAAGAGUAUAAAGUUAUAAGCCGAUAACUAAUAACUAAAUAAGCUUCAACUAGAAUAGUUAACUUACGUUGGGGAUUUUCGUUGUUGAAAACUACCCAGGUAUUUAUUUCCCUAAUCUUCGUAUGAAAUUUAUUCGACUAUUUCUGUCCUAAGGACGAAAACCAAAUCAACAACAAACCAUGGGCACCCAACUUGUUCGAGGGAAAACGACCAAGAUCUUGGUCUUAAAUCCCAACUCCUCCAAAGCUAUGACCGACGGCAUGAACGUCGUCAUCGGCUCUAUAGACUUACCAUACUCAACCGAAAUUCAUACGUACACGGGCCCCGAGGGUGCGCCCGCAAGUAUAAACGAUGCGAAGGACCUAGAAGAGAGCACUGAAGCCGUGCUCAAGGAUUUAGAAACCUCUUAUCCUAACGGUGUGGUGGAUUACGACGGGGUCGUGGUCGCCUGCUACAGCGUGCACCCGCUCGUACCAGCCAUGCAGCACAACCAUACAAAGUACCCUAAGGCCGUCACCGGGAUUUUUGAGGCUAGUGUCCUGGCAGCCUUAUCGGUGCUCGCAUACGGCGAGGCAUGGGGCAUCGUCACGACGGGCAAAUUCUGGGAGGAGCACUUAGCUACGGGUGUAGGAAAUUUCCUUGGUGCAGAGACAAGAACCCCCGGUGUCGAGAAUCCAAAGUUUGCCGGAGUUGAAUCGACCGGCCUGAAUGCCUCUGACUUCCACCACGGCGUUGAUCCCGCCAUCGUGAGGCGAAAGCUCAAGGAAGCAACUAAGCGGCUCCUUUCAAAGGGUCACAUUCGUUGCAUCGUUAUGGGAUGUGCGGGGAUGGCCGGGUUGGAGGACAUCAUCCGAGAGGCUGCCAAUGAAGAAAAGGGAGAGGAAUUUGCCUACUCUCAACUACAUGUUGUAGACGGCGUCAGAGUUGCCAUAAUGCAACUCGAGCAUACAAUCAAAUAUCAAAGGCUUUUGCCUGGGAAACCAUGAUAAAA